ACGUGCUUGUUACUUUGGAUACUCGGGCCUCUUAAGCGCAUGUCUCACGGCUACGCGACAUAAUAUCGAUUACCGAAGUUGGAGUUAACGGCACAGGUAGAGGUGAAGUCAGAGUCCAAUAACGUCAUGGAUGAGCUUCUGCUGCAGAUAGUGAAAGAAGCACAAAAUGCCAAGUACCAGAAUUUGAAGGAGGCUGCCCAGGAUGCCUAUGAUUUUUUGGAUAAGCAGCAGGGACUAAUACGCGAUCCACCUCAUGAGCUACGUGCUAAGUUUUUACGAGCAAUUCAGCUCGCUUUUGAGACGAAAAGGAAUAAGCUGAUUGCCUUUGCCCUCUCCGGUUUGCACAAAAUGCUGCGUGAUGAUAGAUUUCAGUCGCAGUACGAGCCGGAAGAUGAUUCACUGUGGCUUCCCGCUCAGAUGCUUCAUGCCAUGGGUUCCAUUCUAUCGCAGUCUGAUGACACUCAGACUGCCAUGCUCAAAGUAUUGCUUCAAGUAUCGUGCUGUCGAUAUUGGACAAUGAAUGGUCGACUAAUAAUAACAAUUUUAACAACAUGUUACGAAGCUUUUGAAUAUGGAAAUCAGGCAGUAAAAACUGCGGCCCAAGCAACCAUUAGUCAAACUUUGCGUUCCUUCUGUCUAUUUUUAGACGAAGAGUGCUAUGAAAUGGAUGAAAAUUCGAAACGUAAUAAAAGUAUACACGAACGUGGUGUUGCUUGUUUUAAUGAAACUUUACCGAUUUUCCAAUACAUUUGUUGUAAACUCGAUGAAGCUCAAAAUGCUCGGAAUAGUAGCACCGUCGUCUUCUUAUUAGAGAGCUUGCUUACUUUGACCUCGUCUAUGCCUCAGAAGAUUAAUACAAGCUUUCACUUCACGACUUUUCUUUGGCAGAAAUUCUGUCCAGCUUUAAUAGCCUUUCUUGGAACACCUCGAGUCGACAAGUACUUUACAUCUCGCGAGGGUAAAGAUUUAGAAAUCGGCCGUGGCUCCGGAUAUCUUACAAGUUCACUUGGAUUUAAUAGCCAUCAAGCUAAAACUAUAUACAGUAUUGGAAUAGAAUUGGUAAGGCUGGUUGGUUGCGUGGGAGCACUUCGUCCCGUUCUUGAAUCAGUCUUUCAUCGCAUGUUACUCUAUCCACCUCCACAACAGCGUUUAGAAUCUCUUAAAGCUUUAAAAGAGCUUUUACAAAAUCCAAGCCGAAUAAUCGAUUUUGCUGGUCCACUUCUUAUUUUAGAAGAUAAAUCCAAUCAAUUACAGAGUGAUAUGGCGUUGAUGAGGCUUGCAAUGGAUUCUAUUGAAGAAUCGACAAACGCUAGUCUACCGCUUUUACAGGCAAGCGUUUCAUGUGUCGUAGCUAUGCUCUCGUCACUCCAAGAGCUCUGUGAUGGAAACAUUAUUAAUUGCAAUUAUACUUAUACAAUCAAUAGUCUUUACGACGAUCUUGAAUCUUGCGAUUAUCGAGGUCCUCUUACUUACCAAAGCAUGGCGCGUCUCCCUAAGACUUACAGGGAGCAAUUAGAGUUAAUGAAGAAAAACGUUUCCAAUUCCAACUUAUCAGGAUAUAAACUCUCCAAGAGUGAAGAGUCCAUAAAUACUAACAGUCCAAAAAGUGAAAUCAUCGAAGAUCUUAUGGAGGAAGUCAAUAAUUGUUAUGAAGACACAGAAUAUGAUUUAGUUAAUGAACAUGAAAGGAUAAGGCUCGAGAAGUUACCCAAGCAUCUACACGUGGGUCGACAAUGCAUUGAGGAGUAUAAUAUUGAUGUACAACGACAUAAUGCCCGUAAAUUCGUUAAGAUGCUUAGGCAAGAUGUAAUACCAUCAGUAUUUAAGUUAAGAAGUAAUAUCGAAGUUGAUGAAGCUCUUCAGAAUUUUGCUUCGAAUUACUGCCAAGGAGUAUUUGCAGCCCAACAAAUGGUUGAAGGUCAAAUAGAAUCUAAUGCUAAAAAUUGUGCUUUAAUUACAAUAAUGAAUGCAGAUGGAAUAUAUUUAGCAACAUAUGCAGCUUUGUUACUAAAUUUAAAAUUGAUACGUAUCAAUUAUUAUGUGAAUCCUAGCUGUCAAAUUCCAAUCAAUGAAGAACAAUUCGUGGAAGAGGUACAUGGAGCAGGUGUACUCGUUUACUUGUCAGCUACCUGGUUGUCCGAACUGUAUCAACAGAUCCUCGUUUGUAACCUAAUGGAGAAAUGCGGCUACAAUCCUUUUUCUAAUGAUAAUAAUGCCCUUAUAAAUGUCCUUAUUGAUAUAGAUGGUAUUACAGGUAGUUAUACAGGUGGUCAAGUGCUUUCUGACUAUUUGCGAUUAGAAAAAGCACAAUUGUCGCGCAAUGAGUUAACUCCAGAAGCAAAAGCUGGAGCAAAGUUAUCGAGACGGAUAAUCACUUGUUGUUGGGAUAGUAUGAUUACAGUAUUGUCUAUGGGUUUAAAUCCCAAUCAAGAUGAAACUACUAAGGGAAUAAUAAAGAAUGAUUGUAAAAAUGUAGUUAAAGACACGAUAGUCCUAGCACUUGAGGGAUUGCAUAGAGCGGCAACACUCAGCAAUGUCUUAGGAUUACAAUACAGAUGUGGUGCUAUUUUUGCACUUUUAGCAAAGACUGCAUGUUCUGAACAGUUAAUUUCAAAAUUGAGACGUACAAAAAAUGUUCUCCGAUUGAAGCUUCAAAAUAAAGCUACCAAUAUACACACAUCACAUGCUUUAAGUAUGGAAAUUCUUCUAGGAAGAAGUUUAGAGCUUGGAAGUCACGGAACCGAUUGUUGGCCACAUGUUAUUACAUGCUGUUUGUAUGUUAGUAAAUUAGAACAUGACUUUUUUGGAAAAAAUCAAAAUAUAGUAUUUUUAAAACCAGUAAAGAAAGAAAAAAAAGAAUUUAAUAAUCAAAAAAUUAAUUGCAAAUCAAUUCAAGACAAACUUCACAUGAGUUUUAAUAUUGUCGACGAUGACGAUACUUGUGUUGAUGUAUAUGGAUUUUUAUCAACGUCUUAUACGCAGACUACAAUAAGUGAAUCGAUACCCGAGAUAAUUCAAGAGUCGAACGCUGAUAGUUUAUUCGAUGGUUUUUUACCAGCUGAAUAUGCUGCAAAAAUUGUUUGCGCAUUAUCGCAGAAAGUUGAUAGACUUUUCGAGAAUGCAGCUCUUAAGCUGAAUCUACGGGCACUUUGUUCUUUUCUGAGAGCAUUAUGUCAAGCCAGCAAAGAUCAAUUAUUUAAAAGUAAUGAUGAUACAACAGGAAACAAAAAAAUCUGGUGGCGGAGAAAUAAGCCACACGAUGAAGAACUUAAUCUUCUGUUAUCAAGACUAGGACAGGUUAUAUUGAAAUGUGUAAAAAGUGGACGUCCAUUAAUUCAUAUUAUGAGGGUGUGGAGUAUAUUGGGGCCACAUUUUAUGGAAGCAGCGUGUCACAAGGAUCAUGGAAUUUCGAAAAAAGCGGUACAAUGUAUUCACGAUACAAUUGCAGUAUUACUCAAUGAUCAACGCGAGCUUUCUCAUUUUCACUUUAAUGAGGCACUUUUUAAACCCUUUGAAAAUAUUUUGUGCCUAGAACUUUGUGACAACGAUGUUCAAGAUCAGAUUAUUAGCUGUAUCUGUGAAUUUGUGGAAACAAAUCGUAGAGAGAUUCGCUCAGGUUGGCGACCGCUUUUUGGCGCGUUGAAGGUUGCCUCAAUAGGUAACGCUGAAUGCGUUGAAUCGGCGCCCUUACUCGAAGUUUUCCGCAUUUUUCUCACUACUGAUAAUACGCUCGUAUUUGCUAAUGCCGCUCUCGAUUGUAUACUCUGUCUACUAAAGCAUGUACGUGGUAUUAGCGACCCUGAGAUAUUUCAGAAAGAGCUAAAAAAUGACACCGAACAAUUUAAUGAUACUGAAGAUCGGAGAAUGAAAUUGUGUUUGGAAAGUCUAAGAUACCUGCUUAGCUGUAGCAAUAUUCUUACAUCUAUGUAUCAAAUGCCGACGUGCCCGAUUUUUCAUUCAGCUACAAGGAUUCCAAUGUCUUCUAUACCACAAUAUGUCGAUCCGGUAAUACCAAAUUUACAAACUGCAUUUUUCGAUUAUAAAAUGGAAUCUUUGAAUAAUAUUGUGCCAAAUGUAUCAACUUCACAAGAUUCAAAAUUUACAAAUUUACAGAGUAUUGAUCAGCCAAGUGGAAUUCUCAGAGUUUGGUAUUUAUUAAUCGAAGGAUUAGCAAGUGCUAUGAUGAUUUGCCCUAAAAAAUAUCAACCACAUACUUUAGAAAUGUUGUUUCAUUUACUCAGAAACACAUUAAAUACUCCUGGACCAUUUUUCGGAUUAUAUUGUAUCAAUCAUUUAUUGCUACCAAUGGUACAAAAUUGGUUACGAAAAAUUUCUAAGAUCUAUAGAGGAUGGGACGAUUUUGCUGUAAGCUUUAAGCAGUGCUGCGGGCUUACCACUGAUUUAAUUGUUGAUUUCAUAGAUAAUUUACAAGGCCCAGCUGUAAAAAAAAAUGAAAAUUUGCUGUCAGUAACAACACUGAUGUUAAAACAAUUCUUCAUGGUGAUGGCAGAGUGUAUUGUCCAACCCAUAGAAAGUAUUGCGCGACUAGGCUGUGCUUGUAUUAGGCAUGUAUUGAUAAGUAGUGGUCCAAAUUUAACUUCUGAGCAAUGGGAUGUGUGUGGGGUGGCCUGCCAUCGAGCCUGUUUCAACUCUUUGCAAGAAUUACAUCAGUUGACAAUGGCUUUCUCCCCGUGCUCUGAAUCAUUUUAUGGAGAUAUUGCCAAGAUUAAGGUGGCUGUUCGUAGCGAUGCUACGCCGGAAGAAACUGAGCGUUUACAUCAGCUUGCUACACAGGUAUUUUUAUUAGAAAAUCAGCGAAAUGAAAAUGUGAGUCAAUCUUCCGAUGAAAAAUCUUACGUCUUUCUAUUUCAUUCACCAUUGAUAGCAUCAACUUUGAAACACAAGUUUUACUUUAUACGAAUACAGAUGAGAGCUUUGGUUAUUGGAUUACUUGUACAUCAAAUGUUGCUCCAGUGCAUUGCAAAUGUAUUGUUACAGGGAAGUGAAACUUCUAUGCCAAGACACUACAAUGUUUUUAUGAGUCCAAUGAUUUCUUCAACAAAGCAUUCAAUAUUUACUUUCCUGACUCAUUUGGAGCCUCAACAUUUGGACAAUUUUUUAUCAGCUCUUGAUCUUUCAUAUAUAGCAGCUAUCAAAUUUGAUUCGCGACCGGGCCUAAAGUUUCUUCUUCAAAAAGUUGCCAAUCUUCGCCGUCCAGCAAAUCUGUAUCGACAAGCUAGAACUGCUUGGACUGUUAAGAUCUUUAGCCUAUUUGAAUUGUGUUUAUAUGAGGUAUCUAAAAAUAAUGUUGAUCUAGAGUUGGUAACAGAUCUUUUAAAUGGUGUAAUACAUAUUAUACCAAAAUACAAGAAACUUUUGAAAUAUUUAAAUUUACUACAAACAACAUUUGAAGAGCUUUGCAACACAUAUGUGGAUAUUACUUUGGACAAAGAUGGAAGAUAUACCAAAGUAGAUAUGAUUGAAGCAGAAAAUUUCUAUUUCAUACUUUCUCAGCCAGAUAUAUAUGCAGAAAUUAUGAGAGAUCCACUAAAUCAAAAAUUUCCAAAUGAAAUAACAAAGAAUGACUACCAAGUCGACAAGAACAGCAUAAAUUUCGGCAAGAGUGCGCUAAAUGUAGAAAUGAAUAUCCUAGGGGAAGAGGAAGAAGAUUAUUACCGAUCCUUUUGCUUAUCAAAUCUUGCGACUGAAUAUUCUAUAGAUUCUGGGUCACCAUCUGCACCUGACACAUACAACUCAAGAUCAAUAUCACGAUUGGGUUUUAGUAACUCGCAAGUUAUAUACAUAGAUCACUCAAGAGGUAUUCCGCUUGAAGACUUGAUGAAUCCAUUUAAUGAGUUAUGUAUUCACACUCCAAAAAUUUUUGGUCAGGAAAAAAAAGUCUUUAGAUAUAAAACUGUUAUUAGAAAUUCGAAAUCGUACAUCUUGGAUAAUAACCAAUUUUCGAAUAAGUCGAAUAAAACUUUUAAGGCUAUCGGAUAUCCGAAGCUCAACAAGUGGAAAAGUGAUGAUUGCCUAUUAUACAAAAGAUGUAAAUUGAAUUUCAUAAAGAAAAACGACAUCGAUACGUUCAUGAAAAGAAAAAAUUUUUGCUUUCGUUCAAAAUCUAUGGUGGAACUUCGUCGAUCUAAAGAAAUAUAUAUCAUGAGACAUAAUUUUAUAACAAUUCUCAAAAAAAAAAGUUUAAAAUCGCAAAAAGAGUCUUUAAAAAGAGUUAAAAUUUUAUUGGAGGAGUUCGAAAAAAGUACACGUGGUUAUCAUACUAAUCCAUUUAUGGAAGAUGAGAAACAGAUACUGAUGACAAAUCGAUGUUUCAAUAGUAUCGAUGAUGCUAAGCAACCAAACUGUCAAGAUAACAGUGAUAGUGAAAUACAUCGGAAAGUUUGGGCCGACAUGGUGGGAGCCACUCUUGAAUUCGUUCUGACACUCACAGAUGAGCAAUUGGCGCCGCUACUUCCAGUUUUAUUUAAUGGUGUCAAAAUUUUGAUACAAAACGCUUUUGAAUCGAUACUAAGGCAACGAUUGUCUACCCUAUUUCAACGCAUUACCUCCAUCUAUGGAUUGACCGUAGCAGCGACAAAUAGUGAUACGGGAGACGAUCGACAAUAAGUGAAAUUAGUAUGUGCGGUUCAAAUUGUGCCAAUUACAAAAUUCAAUGAAAUUAACUGUUACAGCAAAUAUA